AUGUCUGCCGCCGACCAUGCUGAUGAUUUGAUCGACUAUGAAGAGGAAGAUGAACAAAAUCUUCCCCAGGAAUCUUCCAUUACCCAAAAGGAAACCGUUUCUGCUACUGAAGAUGAUGAGUCCAAGAAAGACAAGAAGGGUUCUUAUGUUGGUAUCCACUCCACUGGUUUCCGCGAUUUCUUACUCAAGCCCGAAUUGUUGAGAAGUAUCGUUGACUGCGGUUUCGAGCAUCCUUCAGAAGUUCAACAGGAGUGUAUUCCUCAGUCUAUCCUUGGUAUGGACGUAAUCUGCCAGGCCAAGUCUGGUAUGGGUAAGACUGCUGUGUUUGUACUUGCCACCCUCCAGCAGAUUGAGCCUGUCGACGGCGAUGUAUCUGUUGUUGUACUCUGCCACACCCGUGAGUUGGCUUUCCAGAUUAAGAAUGAGUAUGCCCGAUUCUCAAAGUAUCUCCCUGAGAUCCGUACUGAGGUCUUUUAUGGUGGUGUACCUAUGACAAAGGAUGUCGAGACUCUUAAAGAUAAGACAAAGUGUCCUCAUAUUCUUGUUGGUACUCCCGGCCGUGUGCUCGCUCUUGUCCGUGACAAGUAUCUCAAGUUGGGCAAUGUAAAGCAUUUCGUUCUUGACGAGUGCGACAAGAUGCUGGAACAGCUCGAUAUGCGUAGAGACGUACAGGAUAUCUUCAGAUCUACUCCCCAUCACAAGCAGGUCAUGAUGUUCUCUGCCACACUCGCCAAAGAGAUGCGCCCUGUGUGCAAGAAGUUUAUGCAGAACCCUCUUGAGAUCUACGUUGACGACGAGGCCAAGCUCACUCUCCACGGUCUUCAACAAUUCUACAUUAAGAUGGACGAACGUGAGAAGAACAGAAAGCUCAAUGAAUUGCUCGACACUCUGGAGUUCAACCAGGUCUGCAUCUUUGUGCGGUCCGUUCCUCGUGCAAAUGAGCUCAACCGUAUCUUGACCGAUUGUAACUUCCCCAGUAUUUGUAUUCACUCCCAGAUGAGCCAGGACGAACGUAUCAAGCGUUACAAGUCGUUCAAGGACUUUGAGAAGCGUAUUAUGGUAGCCACCGAUAUUUUCGGUCGUGGUAUCGAUAUUGAACGUGUUAAUAUUGUUAUCAACUAUGAUAUGCCCGACAGUGCUGAUACAUAUCUCCAUCGUGUUGGUCGUGCCGGUCGUUUUGGUACCAAGGGUCUCGGCAUUACCUUCGUCUCCGAUGAGAAGGACUCAGAUGUUCUCAAGGAUGUCCAGAGCCGCUUCGAGAUCAACAUUGUCCCUCUCCCUGAAGAUAUUGAUAUCAACACCUACAUGACUUCCUAG